UGUCAGCUGAUCGGAAGCUACGCUGUUGUGCUUGGCUAAACUAGAAAUCAAUAGUGAGUUCGGAAUAUUUAGACCCCAAGAAUCUAGCCAUAGCUUGUUAUUGCUCUACAAAAACGGUCUUUCACAUUUAAGACAAUGAAAUCAGUUAUCAUAUUGGAAGUUGUAUCCCUGGUGUGUUUUCUGCUGUUGACAUUUGCGGGUGCGAAGAACUCUGAGGACAUUCGCUGUAAAUGCAUCUGCCCGCCUUAUAGAGAUAUUGAAGGACAGAUUUAUCAACAAAAUGUUUCCCUUAAAGAUUGCAACUGUCUUCAUGUGGUCGAACCCAUGCCGGUAGACGGGAAGGAUGUGGAGGCUUAUUGUUUACGCUGUGAAUGUAAAUAUGAAGAGAGGAGCUCAGGAACGAUCAAAGCUACAAUUAUAUUGUACUUGUCGAUCCUUGGCCUGCUGCUUCUGUACAUGGUGUACCUGACUCUACUUGAGCCCAUGCUGAAAAGACGUCUCUUUGGGCAUUCCCAGCUCAUCCAAAAUGAUGACGAUGUUGGGGAUCAACAGCCUUUUGCCAAUGCUCACAAUGUUCUUUCACGCUCACAAUCUCGACCAAAUGUGUUGAACAAAGUAGAGCAUGCCCAACAACGCUGGAGAAGGCAAGUCCAGGAACAGAGGAAGUCCGUAUUCGAUCGCCAUGUUGUUCUCAGUUAAACUGCUCCCAUGAACUCCACAGGAGUUCUAGGGUGGAGCUGAAGUACUGUGAACCCCACCAUUUAUUUAUUCCUCUCCUUCUCCCCUCUGCUUCCACAAACCAUCUUAUUUGAGAUGUGUGCCCUGUGUGUGUUCUGAUACAUCUCUUAAAGGGUUUUGGCAUUUGCAGUGUACAAAGCCAGUGAUGGCUGCAUAUGACUAGGCUGUAUACCAUUAAUAUUUCACAUUCCCAGAUGGAUAAUUUCUAUCAUUUGAAAAAUCCGGUCCCUGCCUAUUGUCCAAGCCUAUAAGUGCCAAGGUAACAUUAAUGUAAGGGGCAAUUUCAAGUAAGCAGAAUUGACUAAUGUGACUUAUCCAAUCAGUUGUAUCCAAAUGGUCCCUUUUUAAAAUUGAAAAUAUUUUUACUAAAUUGGCCAAUGGCUUCCAAUUUAAGAGUAAACUAUUUUGUGGAAUAGAUAGUAAUCUCGGCUUUUGACAACGAAAAGUUUAGUAGAGGGGUUUUCCAGUGGCAUCAUAGAUCAGCACCGAGCCAAGGUAUUGUUUUUCUCAUUAAAAAAUGUAGAGCAAAAUUUCAAGCCUGGUAACUGUUGUUUGUAUAAGCCUGACUUGAAAAUGCAUGUUUUGUAAGAAAUAUUUUCUACAAUUGUUUUCAAUUGCUUAUCCAUGCCACAAGUAAAUAAAACGUUUAAUUCCUUGUGUCACAACCUUUACCUUGUGUGAUUAAACACAUAUUGACUUGAUUCAAAAUCAACCAUAGCAGUAAAUGCAAUGAUUCAUGUGUUGUCAUAGUAAAAGUAGUGCUAAUUCUUCUCUAUUCAGGCUGUUGUAAUGUGUGUUAAACUGUUUUCUUUUCCUCAUUUAUAUUUAUUGUAUUGAGAUAACCUUAUUAGAGUUUCUUGGGUUGCUAUGAAGGGCUGCAAUUAUUUUUUGUUUAAGUUAGGCUGAUGAGAAAGAAUGAUGGAAUACCAAUUGAAGUGUUUAUAACUAUAAAAUGUGAUUCAAUUUGAUUUAAAAUAAAAUA